GCUUUUAUCACUCAUUUUAUUAUUGGUUUUCCAUUCGCAUGUGUCUGAAAAUCUGUAUUUUCUCCCAAUUCACUCUCGAAGAUCUUUCAAUUAAUGUUGCCGCCUUAAUUUAGUGAAAAAUACAACCACAGGCACUCUAGGUGGUUACUAGCGGUCACGUGACGACGACAGUACCUCUCAGCACUCGCAGUCCCACGCAGCUGACAAAAUUGGUAACGAAUUUGACAGUUUUCGUGACGCCAUAAUAAUAACAACAACGUCGAGGUAUUGCUCACUAAUUGAAAUUCGAUAGAACGUCAAUUAAGAUUUAAUAAGUGUAUUAUUGUGUAAACAAUGGCAGUAUCAAUAAAUGAAAUCUGCGAGAACACAAAACUAGCAAGGGAUUUGGCACUGACUGGUAACUAUGACACAUCAGGUGUUUAUUAUCAAGGAGUUGUCCAGCAAAUUCAUCGAUUAUUAGCGACAAUUGUCGACACAACGAGAAAAUCAAAGUGGCAGUUGGUGCAGCACCAGAUUGUUCAGGAAUUUGAGAAGGUCAAAUCUGCGAUUCACAUGCUGCAAUUGUUUAAAGUCGAUGUGAGGACAGAGAGAAUGCUGGGAACAUCGUGUCUGCAGUUCGAGGAGCCUACGAGAGAUCCUGCACUGUGGUCACCCAACAUCGCCUCCCCCUGGAGUGCUCCAGGAGUGCGUGAUCCCGAUGUAUGGCCACCGCUUACCCCAUCCGAGCAGAAACAAAGUUCGAAAAUCAGUUCCAAUUCGAGGGGAAAACAGCAAAAUCGCUCGGGGGUGAAGAAACCGACCACUGCUGGGGGAAAAAAGCAAGACAUCAAGGGUAGUAAUUCCGGGAGAAAGGAUGAUAAAAAGCCCGUGAAGAGGGAGGACAAGGAGAAGACAGAUACUGAGAAAGGAGAAACAGACGUAGAAGAGCGUAAAUUCGAAGCAGCGGGUGGAGACAGAGAUCUAGUAGACAUUCUCGAACGUGACAUUGUUCAGAAGAAUCCGAACAUUCGAUGGGACGACAUAGCAGACCUGUCCGAAGCGAAGAGACUCCUGGAGGAGGCUGUGGUCCUUCCCAUGUGGAUGCCAGACUUCUUCAAGGGCAUUCGUCGUCCCUGGAAGGGUGUUUUGAUGGUGGGACCACCAGGCACCGGGAAAACAAUGCUUGCUAAAGCUGUAGCCACAGAAUGUGGUACGACUUUCUUCAAUGUUUCUUCGUCCACACUCACCUCAAAGUAUCGAGGAGAGUCCGAGAAACUCGUUCGACUGCUCUUUGAAAUGGCCAGGUUUUACGCACCCAGUACCAUUUUCAUCGAUGAAAUUGAUUCACUUUGCUCCAGGCGUGGAUCAGAAUCGGAACAUGAGGCAUCGAGAAGAGUCAAGUCUGAGUUGCUUGUACAAAUGGAUGGCAUUAGUUCAAACAGUGAGGAUCCGAGUAAAGUCGUCAUGGUCCUGGCAGCGACAAAUUUCCCUUGGGACAUUGACGAAGCCCUGAGAAGACGACUGGAGAAGCGAAUUUAUAUUCCAUUGCCAAAUCGUGAAGGACGGGAGGCUCUUUUGAAGAUUAAUCUGCGAGAUGUCAAAGUCGAUGUUUCUGUGAAUCUUGCUGACAUUGCUAGAAGGCUAGAGGGUUACUCGGGGGCUGAUAUCACCAAUGUAUGCAGGGAUGCAUCCAUGAUGUCCAUGAGAAGGAAGAUCGCUGGUCUGCGACCAGAUCAAAUACGACAGCUUCCCAAGGAAGAAUUAGAUCUGCCCGUGUCAUCCACAGACUUCCACGAGGCCAUUGAGAAGUGCAACAAGAGCGUUUCUCAAGAGGAUCUCGAGAAAUAUGAAAAAUGGAUGAGUGAAUUUGGCUCUUCCUAAUGAAGCAUCAAUAGCAACAGAACGAGUACUUGAAUAUAUAAAGAAACAGAAGUCUUCCACACACGAAUAAUCACCUGGAGUUCUUAGUCCCGUUAAUUAUAUAUAUAGAAACUGUCAAGAGAUUUUCCGUUGUUGAGUGAAUUUCCUGGCGAGCAUUUUUCUUAACUAAUUAUCAUAAUAAUUCAGAAAUGGCUACCCACUUGAGAAAAUUCCAUAAAAAAUCCUAGUGAACUCGUUUGACUGAUCUAUUGGAUUUUUACUGAUCUUUUUACUGAUUUUGGGUCGAUUCAGGUGAAAGGUUGAAUAGAUAAAGUAAAAAAAAUUACUUUAUUAUACAAUUUUUUCGGUUUAAUUUUUUUCAGCUUUUUCCUUCUUUCUCUUUUCGUAACCAAAAAUCACAAAAAUGUGGAAUAACAGCCCGAAAAAAAUUGUUACAAUCUAUUUCAAUAGCAUAAAUUGUAUAAAAAGUUGAUAUUUAUUAGUAUUUUCUAUUGAGUGUUUCAACGUAAUCGACCAAUAAUUAAUACAAAUCCAAUAGAACUAUUGAAGGAAAUUUUUUUAAACAUGUUAUGAUAGAUUACCGAAAUGUUUGACCCAAUCGCUCUUGAAUUUACUCCGCUCCAUUUUUCUAUGUCGAUCUAAUGUCCCGCUUUUUGUCUAAUAGUUCAGAAACUAAUCCGGAUAAUUUGCAUUCUGUUACUACUACUAAUUACAUUGAUUAUGAACCGUAAUGAGAGAAUGUGAUACGUUCGUAGAGCUAAUGUAAUCCCUGAAAAAUAUAUAACUGAGAUUUUUUAA